AAGCGGACACCCCCUGCACUGAGCGCCAUCGCUGCGGAACACCCCUGCUCCUCCACAGGCUGUCGGGACUGCACACCAGCCGAACACAUUCCAGCUACAUCUAAUUUGCUCCUUUUACUGAAAAAGCCCCCAACAAAAGCGUGCAGAAGAUGGCAUCCACCAAGGAGAAGCUGAUUGCCCACGUGAGCACAGAGACGCCCGUGGGCAGCACAAACAAGGUGACUGUGGUUGGCGUAGGCAUGGUUGGCAUGGCGGCAGCCAUCAGCGUCCUGCUCAAGGAUCUAACUGACGAGCUGGCCCUGGUUGAUGUCAUCGAGGACAAGCUGAAGGGUGAGGUUAUGGACCUGCAGCACGGCAGCCUCUUCCUCAAGACCCACAAGAUUGUGGCUGACAAAGACUACAGCGUGACGGCCAACUCCAAGGUUGUAGUGGUGACUGCUGGUGCUCGUCAGCAGGAGGGUGAGAGCAGGUUGAACCUGGUUCAGAGGAACGUCAACAUCUUCAAGUUCAUCAUCCCCAACAUCGUAAAGUACAGUCCCAACUGCAUCAUUCUGGUGGUGUCCAACCCAGUCGACAUCCUGACCUACGUGGCCUGGAAGCUGAGCGGUCUUCCCAGGAACCGUGUGAUCGGCAGUGGCACUAACCUGGACUCCGCCCGCUUCCGCUUCCUAAUGGGCGAGAAGCUGGGUAUCCACCCCUCCAGCUGUCAUGGCUGGGUGAUCGGCGAGCAUGGCGACUCCAGCGUGCCUGUGUGGAGUGGCAUGAACGUGGCUGGUGUUUCUCUGCAAGGGCUCAAUCCAGAUAUUGGCACAGACAAGGAUAAAGAAGACUGGAAGAACGUCCACAAGAUGGUGGUCGAUAGUGCAUAUGAGGUCAUCAAGCUGAAGGGCUACACCUCCUGGGCCAUUGGCAUGUCCGUAGCAGACCUGUGCGAGACCAUCCUGAAGAAUCUGCACAAGUGUCACCCAGUGUCCACCCUGGUUAAGGGAAUGCACGGCGUGAAGGAUGAGGUGUUCCUGAGCGUGCCCUGUGUGCUGGGCAACAGCGGCCUGACCGACGUGGUGCACAUGACCCUGCAACCCGAUGAGGAGAAGCAGUUGGUGAAGAGUGCAGAGACGCUGUGGAGCGUGCAGAAGGAGCUGACCCUGUGAACUGCACCACCAGCCUCCAGAAUGUAACUCGUGGCACAGCCCUGAUGGGGGGGCUUCCCAAAAUGCCUCUUAAUCUUAAACUUGCCUAAAAUAAUCUGUUAACCCCUCAAGUUCCACCACAUUGGAUAUGUCCAAGCAGACCACAGUCCCAUAGACCUCAACACUCAUGAGAAUAACCUUAGAGGAUGUACAGUCAUGUGAAGAAGUACAACUCAUGUUUAUUUUUAACAUAUGCAGACAUCAGCAUUUGAUCUUCAUUUUUAUAUGUGACGGAUGUAAUUGAACAAAAAAAAAAAACCUGAAAUGGUAGGGGUGUCUUUACUUUAUCCACACAAAAUGUGUUUAUACAAAAGACUAUAAAAUGUAGAUUUGUACACCUUUCUGUCAGUAUUGUUGAAUGAAGAUCAGAUAUCUGCAUGUUUGUAGGGUAAAAAGUCCAAAUGUUACAUGCUGUACUUGUUUUCACAUGACUAAUUAUUUAAAUGUUAAAUGUCCUUUGUAAAAUUCAUCGUCUGUUUGGGUGCCUUGUCUUCCUUGCUGUGCUAGUAAUUUUACUUUAACAAAAUAAAGGAAAAAAACUAUUUAUGAGCAGGAUUUGCCAGUUUGGGCCUUUUGGUAUUUGUAUUCUGAGCAAGCAUUCCAUACCAUUUAUUGAUCCUGGUGCAAAAACAGUCAAACCAACUUCACUACCCAGGGUUGUCAGUUAAAUGCUAGCCAAGGGAGUAACUUGGAUCAAAGCAUGCAAGUUUAGAACUACAAAAUUAACCCCACCACCACUGAUGUAAUUGUUUUAUGGGUAAAGACAAUCUCCACCUCAGACCUCAUGGCCAUCAGUUAUAUGAACACAGGUUCACUUUGUUCACAUCUAUACUAAGUGGAACAAUAUACCAUAAUUGAGAACCAAGUGGAAGUUAGUUCUGGCAGAAGAAUUGCAGAGCAUAUAUUAGAGAUGUAUUUAGAUAUUAUUUAAAUAGUAAUCCCACCUACUUGUAAUACAUAUCUGUUCAUCCUUUUGCAUUUCAUCUGGAAAAAGGUUCUUUUUGUAUUUUUAUUUUGGAACGGAACAUGGUUCCUUCCAGGAGAAUCUUGCUCAGAUGUGGAGCUAAACAUGGAACCUGUCAUGUCCCAGCAGACAGCCAGCUCACAACUCACUCCCUCCUCCAAAUAAAGGUGGACUAAACAUGA